GUGGAAACUCACGUCACCCUGACAUGAUGCGUCUCUGCUGCUGGUGACAGAGGAGGAUGUUGUGGCACAUGGGUCACAUCUGACCUGGAGUCUGUACUGACACACACACAGACAGAGUAUAUCGCUGGACUGGAGCAGCAGCAGCAGCUCUACGUGAUGGAGGAGUAAUCCGCUUCUUCACGAAUGAAGCGGUGAUGGGUUUGACGAAGCUGAAUUGUGCUGGAGCUCUACCAAUACAGACCUUCAGGAUAUUAAAGAACACGACUGACCAUGAGUCAGAAACACAGUUGGGGACAGCAGGACCUCAGCAUGUGCUUGGGCCUAAGUGCUGACAUGGAACACAACCUGACGGAGCUUCAACAGCAGCAAAUGGCCAAGGAAUUUAACUCUAAUAUUUCCUGCCCUCAGUCUCCAUUCUACUCUGAUAGUUAUUGCCUGAUGUCAGAUAACCUACUGCGGCCCCAUGAGGGAGACCAGGUGGUCCCUUCUUCCCAGAGACGGACAGUGUUCGGGAGCUUCCACAGAGGGCCCAAACCCCUUCCACCUCUCCCUGACCCUGAGGAGCUCAUGUCGGACGAAGCAGCCGAUAACGAGGUUGAGUUUUUUACCAGUGACCGACGGCGCCUUUUGCCCAAAAGCUGCCCCAAGGUCAUAACCAGGGGCAGCAACAGAGAGUGUGGACAAGUGAAUCAUGCCUACCAGGAAAGGCUGGUGGAGCCAGUCCCAGCAGGUGGAGCUGGACUCGGCUCCAUGGCUUUCUCUUGGCCAGGCAGAGAGGACAGACCAACAGGUAGAGGAGGAGGGUUCGAAGCCAACAACUGGGCACCUGCUCUCCACAGAGAGGACCAGCAGCAUGUGGCGUCAGCAGUUGGAGAUUCUUUGUGUAGCAAACAGUCGGAUUCCCAGCAAUCAGCCAGAUUUCGUUUUUCCUUCUCAGGCCAUGCUUUCCAGCCACACAGCAGCACCACAACCUGCCCCUCCGACAAACCACUGAUCCCUCCUCGCAUCCCCCUCCCGGGAAAACCUCCUGCUCUAGUAAAGACAGUGAGCGCCCACAGGGAAGACAAGCCUCCCAAGAUUCCUCCGAGGGUCCCUUUAGUCCCACCCUGCCCACCACGCACCCCUAGCCCCAAAAGCCUUCCAAUUUAUAUCAACGGUGUGAUGCCUGCCACGCAGAGUUUUGCUGCUAACCCAAAAUAUGUGAGCAAGGCCUUACAGAGACAGCUCACUGAAAGGUCGCCCCCCGCAGCUCAGUUUUCUCCCUGCAUCGUUCCCAUCUUGAAGGACGGGAGACAGGCCAGCGCCACACACUACAUCCUCCUGCCACCGGGCCGACCGGCACGCACAGACCGACGGGAGAGACUCCACGGUGAAACGUCAAGGGUGUGGCAGAACAGAUAGAAACUCUCACACUGUGAGAAUGUUAACUGAACAUUUUACCAGUCAGUAUUUUAGCAACACGUUUUCCUCAAGUUCAACUGGGAGAAACAUCAUAACAUUCCAGUGUUUUCAGUAACAGGAGAGAAAUAUUCACCUCCUAUUCCCAGUUUUCAUUUUGGUUGCUGGGAUACUGCAGUUAUCUCACAGGGAGAAAAGGUGUCUGUCAGUCAGUCACUCACUCACAAUAGAAACAGAGAUAAUACGACAUCUCUUAUAAGUGAGCAAAUAAUUACUGUAUGUACGAGCUGGGCUUGUACGUGAAUUUUUUGACUAUGCUGCUUUACAUCUUAAGUAUAAUAUUGUUGAUGGAUUUAAUGUUUUUGCAGAAUCAUUGUCACACUAAGAUAAUUAUGAUUCAUAGUUAAUUUGACAGUGAACUCCUCUCAUAUUGACUUCACCUGAAAAUGAACUUUCUUUUAUAAGUUUCAAUGGAUUCUAGUCAAUUUCAAUGCUAAUUAAUUUAGCAAAUUGAGUGUAAUUGUGCAGUCCUCAAUCAAAAAGCUGGUUUUACUUUAAACACCAAACCACAUUCCCCCUGCUAUACACUCACAAUUAUCAUGUCAUAUCAUUGAUUGAUUGCUUUCAUAUUUCACUAUUAUGUGGUCAGUGUUUCAUUUAUUUAAAAGUACGUUCAGUGAUCCAACUAAUUUAUACCUGCCAUCAUUCUUGAUAAUGAUUGACAGGCCUUUUGAUAUCAGUGACAUCAGCAAGUCAUUAAUGUUUUAAGAUUUCACAUCAGCUGUGUUUAUAUACAUCUUUGUAAAAGAGGCCAUUAUUUUUAAUUAUGAUCUGUUGACAAAUACUAAAUAUUGAUCAUUUUAAAGCAAGGUAUUUAACAAAGUGUAUGAAUUUAACUCAAAUACUGCUUGCAUGGUCACAUACGUAAAGAUCUGAAAGUGGAUGAAUGUCAGUGUGCGGAGAAUAAUUAUUAAUAUCAUGUUACAUUAGUGCAGACCAACAUUUACGGCCUCUGUUACACCAGUGAGUUGGAAAGUUCUCAUGAAGGUUCUGUGGCUGUUUGUUAGUUCAACAUGUUGCUGUGUCAAAAGUGAAUCAUUGUAAAUUUGUUUUUAAUAUAUUUAUAGAAAUAAAAUAACUUAUUAAUUCUAUCAUUGGGUCAUUGUGCAGUGUUUUGUUUUCUUGCUCUGCCCGGAUUCUCACAGACUUGUUCUGUAAUAAAAGUAAAACGUUUUCACAUUGUGAGGCAGGGUGUUUUUCAAGAUUGCUGUGGAUUUCUCAGAGGAUAAUUGGAUCAUGACAAUGGAUCUUGAUGGAAAUAAACAGACAUAUCUAGGGCAUUGGUAUUUAAAAGUGUGGGAAAUUUGGUGCAGCUUGAUUGGACUAAAGGAGACUCUAUUUGGAAAAUGCAUUUCAACCUAUUCAUUGUAAGAAAAAGUAGACACAUUACAGAUAUGUUUCCUGAUCCUAGCUUACUACAUGUUUACUUAUAUAAUGUCAAACCUUAAUCGAACUCUUCUCUUUUGUAAAAAAAACAAACAUUAACUGGAGAUCUGAAACUAAUUUUAAUGGAGCAUCAACAACAGCAGAUUGAACACUGCUCAGAAACAUGAGCUGGUGGAUGACUGAUACACAUAACAUUAAAUAAAAUUUACUGUCGAUCAUUUUCCUUUAUCAGCCACGUGAUGGUGUAGACAGUGUGACAUUUUUUGUCACCAUCUUUGGUGGGAGUGUCUUCAGGAGAAAUAAUAUAAUAUUCACAGUUCAUUUGCCAUCAAAACAAAGGGCAUUAAGAUAUCUCAGCAGGCCAAAGGUAUAAACCAUAUAACUAUGGCAUUGAACCAAAUCAUGCUCACGUGUUGCACGCCUUCUUUUACCUGAUCUCAACAUUUAUUAUCACUCUCCAUUAGAGCUGUCUAACAAAGCAGAAACAUGACAAAACAAAUUUGGGGAAAAAAUUCAUCAUUGCUAAACUGUCUGAUGUUUACAUAUGUUCACAACAGGAGACGGGUUCCCUUCUCCUGCACUAAAGUUCAGCUGAGUCCUCUGCCUCCGAGAAAAAGGCAGUGUCUAUAUUCUCCAGGUCCAAGUUAGGGAAAAACAGCAUUGUAAAAAAACAGCCACCUGUUCUGUUUUUUUUCCAGCCUAUUCAUUGUUAAUAAAUUCAUCUAAAAAAGGUUUUGUCCCAUCUUGGUCCCGGAGAAUUUAAACACAAAAAAAUCAGUGUUGGACUUUCCAUGAUUUAAUAGAUCCAACAAUGUUGCAUUCAUUUGUAAUUAGUUAGGUGUUAAAAAAUGUCAUCAAAUCGACAUGGCACAAAAACGAUUAUUCUAUUAUGAAAUUAUUCCUUGUGGUUGCAAAAUAAGUUAAAAAA